UACAAAAGAUUUACUUAAAUCCAACGCCAUGUACCAGCCUCCUUUGCCUCCCCCGCCACCUGUCCAGCCUCCCCCUCCACCUCCUCCACCACCGCCAGAAUCAAAAGACGUUCUCUCUCCACCGGGAGUGAGUGUUUCUUCACACGCCUACUCGACAAUUGAUACCCUGACUCACAACUCCGACCCCUUGGAUUAUGUGUAUCAGGAGUCACCAGCACUCCACUCCAACUCCGUCCCCAACAAUGAUUUAUACCAGCAGCCGGCAGCCUACGCUUACGACGGUUAUGCGAACCAGGACCCAGCGCAGAAGUACUAUUGCCAGGAGACCCCUUACCAAUACCAGGCAUCAGGAACUUUCUACGAGAGUUACAAAUACCCGGACCGCUAUCCCGACUACGAGCCCAAUUACAGGUCACCCGCCGAAAGGGAGAGAUACGAUUCCUACGGCUCAAGUCAUGGGUACCACCAUUAUCCAGGCUACAGUUCGGGAAAGCGAUAUCAACCGCGUCAUGGUCAGGAACACCGACAUCCUCAAGAGCCCCGAUAUAGCCACGAGCCCCGACAUGGACAUGGCCACUAUGCCCACAGGACGCCAAAGGGAUCGCAAGGCUACCGCGGAUCUGCGGCCAGGAGCACAGCCAGUGAGGAUUACACUUUACGAAGCUAUCGCCAGAGGGAGCGAAAUGAGCCAGCGGAGAAGCCCAGACCCAAGCCCAAAGUGGAGUCCGAAAGGGACCGUCUUCUGCGGCAAUGGUGUGCCAACUUUUGCGAGAAACCGGAGGAUUAUGUGAAGAAGAUGAACGCUCUCAGCGAGGCAGAUGCCCCAACGGAGUCGUGGGUUCGAUCGUCUCCAGCAGAGCCCUACUACGAGCGCACCAAAAACGAGAACGAGGUGAAAGGACGCGUGCGGCUGCAGAAGCUAUGCAACCUGUUCGACGAGGAGCUGCUGCAAAGGGCAGAGCGGGUGCGUCAGAAGCUGCCUGUCUACACCGCGCCGCCCAGAAAAGCGCGCAGGCGCGUCUGCAAUCACAAGCACAAAUCGGAGGCCUGUUCGUCGUCCUCCUCUUCCGAUGAGGACUCGGACGAAGACGCCUUUAAGAUCGAGCAGGAUUGCUGCAUGGAGGAGCUGGCGCAUAAGGUCCAGCAUCCGCAGCGGGUGCAUACUGAUCUCUGGCACAACGACGCCGGCGAGAUGAACGACGGACCUCUGUGCCGCUGCUCGGCCAAAUCCCGACGCAUUGGCAUCCGUCAUGGCAUCUACCCGGGCGAAUCUGGCUACACAGAGUGCGACCCCAAUAGCAACAAUGCGGGCAAGCUUUUUCACUACAGGAUCAGCAUAUCACCGCCCACAAACUUUCUGACCAAAACACCGACCAUUAUCAAGCAUGAUGAGCACGAGUUCCUCUUUGAAGGCUUCUCGCUUCUCUCGCACGUGCGUCUUACCGACCUGCCCGUGUGCAAGGUUAUCCGCUUCAACAUAGAGUACACCAUUGAGUACGAGGAGGAAAAGAUGCCCGAAAACUUUACCAUCCAUGAGCUGGAUCUGUUCUUCAAAUACCUUUUUCAUGAGCUUCUGGAGUUGGUGGACUUUAAUCUGACGCCAAAUGUUGCCUCCGGCAGCUCUGAGAAAUCCUGCCCUGCAUUCCACUUCCUCCCGCGCUUCGUUCGUGACCUUCCAGACAAUGGAAAGGAGGUUCUGGCAAUGGUCGAGGUACUCCGCUACUUGUUGGAUAACUCCGCCCAACUGGUGGAACGACAGCAGCUUCUUCAUCUGAAUCAGAUCAGUCAGAGUGAGUGGCAGAACUAUGUGGACUUCAUCAAGGGAAUGUUGGUCACAAAGCCGGGUCAUAAGCCGUGCUCGCUGCGCGUUGAUCAAUUGGACAGGAACAACUCCGAUCUGCCUGAGUGCGUGGAUCGCGAGACUGGAAUCUCACAUCCGGCAAUCGUACACUUUGGUAUCCGUCCGCCACAACUAAGCUACGCGGGCAAUCCGGAGUACCAGAAGGCGUGGCGGGAGUACGUCAAAUUCCGCCACCUAAUGGCCAAUAUGUCAAAGCCAUCAUUCAAGGACAAGCGGAAGCUGGAAGAAAAGGAACAGCGCCUGCAGGAGAUGCGCACUCAGGGCCGCAUGAAGCGCAACAUCACGGUGGCCAUCAGCUCGGAGGGAUUCUACCGGACGGGCAUUAUGUGCGAUGUGGUGCAGCAUGCCAUGCUGGUACCCGUUCUGACAGGUCACCUGCGGUUUCACAAGUCGCUGGACCUGUUGGAGGAGAGCAUCGGGUAUAGUUUCAAGAAUCGUUAUCUGCUGCAGUUGGCGCUUACUCAUCCGUCGUACAAGGAGAACUACGGCACCAAUCCGGAUCAUGCCCGCAACUCACUGACCAACUGCGGAAUUCGACAGCCAGAAUACGGCGAUCGAAAAAUUCACUACAUGAACACACGGAAGCGGGGAAUAAACACUUUGGUGAGCAUCAUGUCCCGAUUCGGUAAGGAUCAUGAAACUGUUUCGAAUAUUACGCACAACGAACGAUUAGAGUUUCUCGGCGAUGCUGUGGUGGAGUUCCUAAGCUCGAUCCAUUUGUUCUUUAUGUUCCCGGAGCUGGAGGAGGGUGGAUUGGCCACCUACCGGGCGGCCAUCGUCCAAAACCAGCACUUAGCCCUGCUGGCCAAGAAGCUACAGCUGGAGGAGUUCAUGCUGUACGCACACGGAUCUGAUCUGUGCCACGAGCUGGAGCUACGGCAUGCCAUGGCCAAUUGUUUCGAAGCCCUAAUGGGUGCCCUUUUGUUGGAUGGAGGAAUUAAGGUGGCGGAUGAGGUGUUCACGGAUGCCCUCUUUCGGCAGGACGACAAGUUGCUGAACAUCUGGAAGAAUCUGCAGGAGCACCCGUUACAGGAACAAGAGCCGCUGGGUGACCGCAGCUGCAUUGAUUCGUAUAGAGUGCUCAGGGAGCUCACCAAGUUCGAGGACUCUAUCGGAAUCAAGUUCAAGCACAUUCGUCUCUUGGCCCGCGCGUUUACUGACCGUUCAAUUGGGUUUACGCACUUAACGCUGGGGUCCAAUCAGCGCCUUGAAUUUCUGGGAGACACUGUGUUGCAGUUAAUUUGCUCGGAAUAUCUUUAUCGCCACUUUCCCGAGCACCACGAAGGACAUUUGUCUUUGCUACGUUCUUCAUUGGUUAAUAACCGCACACAGGCGGUGGUCUGCGAUGACUUGGGAAUGCCCAAGUAUGCGGUUUACGCAAACCCCAAGGCGGAUUUGAAAACAAAAGAUCGUGCCGAUUUGCUUGAGGCUUUCCUGGGCGCCUUGUACGUCGACAAGGGUCUGCUGUAUUGCGAGCAGUUCUGUCACGUGUGCUUGUUCCCGCGCCUUCAGCUGUUUAUUAUGAACCAGGACUGGAACGAUCCCAAGUCCAAGUUGCAGCAGUGCUGCCUCACCCUGCGCACAAUGGAUGGAGGUGAGCCAGACAUUCCCUACUACAAGGUGGUGGAGGCCAGCGGUCCAACCAACACGCGCGUAUACAAGGUGGCCGUUUACUUCCGCUCAAAGCGACUGGCCACCUCCAGCGGCUCCUCCAUCCAGCAGGCGGAGAUGAAUGCCGCCAAGCAAGCGCUAGAAAACUCAAGGGACCUCUUUCCGCAGCUGGAUCACCAAAAGCGGGUAAUUGCCAAGAGUAUAAAAAAGCAGACGGGCAACGAGUUGGACAACGAGAGUGGUCGUCAGCCCCAGGAGGAGAAGGUUAAACGGCCUAAGUACGCGACACCGCUGCAGGAUGAGAGUCACCUUCCCAAGCAGUAUCGCAUGCACGAAAACAUCUCCAGUGACGAGUUGCCGGAAGAUGAUGAGUUCGAAAACAAUGCUCCGAAGAGCCCAAUAAUGCCCCCAAAACUGAAGAGGAGUGUCAACAGCAGCAGCAGCAGCAUCAGCAGCGAUGAAUCCAGCUCAUCUCCCAAACGCAAGCAGCGCGUGAGAAAAAGUUUCUCGGUAUCCUACCCAACUUCAUUGGAAUAGCCGAAGGUAAUUGCAACUUUAAAGUAUACUGAAAAUAGGGCUUCGAUUGCACUAAAAAUAAACGUAUGGUCGAGAUUUAAACUAUUGAAGAUAACUGAGUAAAGAAUGACAUCAGUUGUUGUGUAAUAGUCCUGACACUUUCGUUACAACCUUUGUUUUUAUAACAUUUAGUACCGCCGACUAUUAUGGAGUUUCAACUUGCAGUUUUAAGUAUCGGAAAACCCUUUUUUAUUUGCCUAAAUAAUAUUUUGCUACACUAAAGCCCGUUUCUAUAAGUUUCGUAAGUCACAUUUAGCUCAAGAAAGCAAACAUGGCAUAAAAGAAUUAUUCUGUUCUUAUGCAAUUUCCUAAUAGUCCGGGCCUGACACCGAGAAAUUAAUACCUGUUACCGUAUGUGGCAAAAAUAUAGUGAAAAUCGGCUUCCUAGUUUUCUGACAACAAAGACGAGAGUUUCUUUGAGAAAUACAUUACAAAACUGCGUCAAAAUACAUAAUUCAGAUUAUCUAACUAUGCUUAAUAAACCUAAAUUUUAUGAAAAAAUGA